AAAUCCGGAAUCGCCUACAGGAUGGGUUUGAUGGCUCUGCGUGUCUGUGCAAACCCCCUUCUCAACAGCCCUGGCAUGAUAAGUGUGACGACGAGUCUUCUCACCACUCUUUCUGGUCUCCUAGUGGCCUCUGCGCGGCAUUCCUAUCGUCUUGUUAGGCGAGAACUCCUUCUCCUCAUUGCCUCUCUUGACUGGGUCCAGCUGGAAUUCCUGGAGCACUCGCGGGUACGUCGGUCUGUCUGUCUCUCUGUCGUUCUUUCCUCCAGACAGACCUUCCUCUUUCUUACUUACUUACUUGAUUCGAUUAGCUCCUGUUGUUGA